AUGGUAAAUCUCGGAAGGCCCUCGCGAGCAUGCCUGGCCUGCAAGAAGCGGCGAAUCAAGUGUGACGAGACGCAACCUGCAUGCUUCAACUGCAUAAAAUAUGGCCACGUAUGUCCUGGACUACCAACAGAAGCAGACUUGAUCUUUCGAACGGUCGACCCAAGCCGGAAGAAACCUCUGAAAGAUCGCAGUGGAAAGAAAUGUGAGAAACAGAUUGCUAAAGACGCCAUUGUGCACCAUCAAAGUACCAGGAAUCAUGGCCAAAGGCUCCUCGCGGACACAACGUUUAAUCCCACAGCCGAGACUGUGGCUACAACUUUCUUCUUCAAUGCUUCAAGCACUCCACAAGGUCGCAUUGACGCGAGCACUGGGUAUAUCGAUCUGGCAAUACCAAUGUAUCUUAGCACGCAGGAUGGAUCGCUCUUGCACCUGGCUGUAGAGGCUCUUUCACUGGCCAGUCUCUCAAAGCGAUCUGGGAUGCGAGACCUGGAGCGGAAUGCCUCGAUGAAAUAUUCUCAAGCUUUACGGUCGCUUGGAAAAACUCUCGUGAAUCAGAAACAGGCCAGCAGUAACGCUACUCUGGCGACCAUUCUGCUACUAUCAUCGUACGAAGCAACAUCGUGCUCGGACCAGGCGUGCUCGGCCUGGGCGCAGCACAUUGAAGGAGCAGCUACUAUUGUGGUUGCCCGCGGGGCUGAUCAAAUGCACGACGAAGAAUCGCUAGCACUGUUCCGAUCGGUACGUGCACAGAUGUUGGCAAACGUCAUACAGCAGCGGAAGCCAAUGCCAGGGUUCCCAGACCCAAAGGGCUGGAGCAUAGAUCUCGAUGCAUCAGAGACUGCAGUACUCGAGCAGAAUUUGAGAUUGGCAUCCCUUCUUUCAAAGGCCAGGCCGACUGUUGACCUCGAUCGUACACCUGAGGCCGUUGCAGAAGUUGAAAACCUUCUACAGGAGGCAUACGAUCUCAUGCUAGACAUAGCAGAACGAGAAUACCGCACACCCGUGAACUGGCUGUCACGAACAGUGGCCAACACAUAUGCAAAGCCGGAUUUGAAGAAUGUUGAAGAUAUGGAGAUAUGGCCGCUGCCAUAUCUUCAUGUUUAUAAAGAUAUUGAAUCAGUGUGCUUGAAAAAUAUGGAAAGAUCAAGCCAUAUGCCAUGCUGUUCUCUGGUAAUUGAUGCGCUCAAAUGGCUCUCCCCAAAUAACGAAACUUACAYGCAGGAUUAUCGAUACCUCAUGGCGAAAGCUCGUCUGCAAACUCUGGCGGAUGAUGUUUGCGCCAGUGUAGCAUAUUGCUGGUAUGGAGAGGAUGCUGUUGUGCAAGGUGUUCGGAAAGCGCCAAGGCAGCGGACGGACUCGGAAUCGCUAGGCGGGUAUAAGCCGAUCUGGCCAUUUCUGGCAGCGUCCACUUUUGAGGAAAUCCCUGAGCUUCAGCGUAAGUGGUUGCGAGGACGAUUCGUGGCAAUGGGUCGCCAUUACGGUAUGGAAGAGUCGAAGAUUCAGAGCUGCAUGGCUUGGGUGCAAUGA